GAUUGUAAAAAUGAGGCUGUUGAUAUCUAUAUUAAAGUCAACACUAGUCAUUCUAAUCCAUUUCAUUUGAAAAUCAAACUGGCCUUGAACCACCCACCAAAACAAUCAGAUUUUAAUUUAAUUGAUCCUGCAUAUCGUGAUACAGUAACUGUUCUAGGAAAUAGACAAUCCUGGCGUAUGGUUUAUGCAUUGUCAUAUGCAUUGGCACGUAAUCAAAG